UUGAGUGUGGUAACGCAGACAUCUGCUUCCUGAACUCUCUCUGUGAACCUUGUCCUGCCUUCUGACCGUUUAAGGGUCGUGUUGGGAAAGCACCUGGUAAUAUUACACAGCAUCUUCUUUCCUUCAUGACGCAGGACGCUGUUUAAUGUGAACUUACGGACCAGCCUCCAGCUUCCUAUCUACGAGGAGGAGGCUUCAGUUUGUCUUUAAAAAAAAUUGUUGGAAAUUUGAUGCAGGAUCCAAAUAUCUACUGUCGGAAACAGAACUUCAUAGUACGUGAAAUAUCUGCGUAGUAAUCACCCCUACAGAAACCAUUUUACCAGACAGUGAUAGAUUGAUUGCAGAAAAUAAUUAGUGCCAGUCUUUUCGCAAAGCAAUUUUUGGAACUUGUUUGAUAAUUUCUUAUCAAUUUCACUUGAGAAAUAAGAGCGUAGAAUUUUUAAUUUGUCGCAAAUAGCCCCUUUAAUUUGGAUUAUUAUUUUUAUAAGGAAACUAAGGUUGAAUUAAAAACCUGUCUACGAAAAUUCUACGGUAUUGGAAGCGCUUAUUUUCUAAGUAAUAAUUCUAAAAUUACUAUCUUCCUCAAGUUUAUUUAAUUCCCUUUUUCUCGAUCUGGUGUCUCACAUCUUGUCUCUCCUUCAACGUCUGUUUACAAAUUCCAGUUGUGGUAUUUUAUAGUUUCUAUUCAACCAUAUUUUAUUCGUUUAAAUUAUUUGGUGGGCGUCCCGGAAACUAUUCACUGAUUUUGCUGCUGAGAACUGAAGUCAUCCACACUUGCAUGGCCCUGAACUGCGGCGGCUGCUUCGCACUGCAUGGCGUCAGAGCUCCCGUAGGCAUGAAGGCGCGACACUUCGCUAGAAGAUUUUCUCUACAGCCGUUAUCGCUGCCACGCGAAAACAGCACCGAAAGUUCCAAUAAAGAUGACAAGCCCGACCGCUCCUCAGGCGACCGACACACCAGCCAUCCUCAGCGGGGCGACCGCCGCCACGCCAGCGGCAGCGCAGCGUGCAUUGAGAGCACCAAAGACUGCGAGAAGUUCAAGAAGAAGUACAGGGUCGUGGUCAUGGGCCCAGCCAGAGUCGGCAAGACGGCUAUUAUAAAUCAGUUCCUUUACGACACCUUCAAUCCCAAGUACAUCAAAACUAUAGAAGAGAUGCAUCAUGGAGAAUAUGAGAUCUCCAGCAUGUGCCUGACGCUCGAGAUCCUAGAUACGUCAGGAUCGUACGAGUUUCCCGCGAUGAGGGAUCUGUCCGUGAAGUGUGCGGACGCCUUCAUCCUCGUCUACUCCAUCACUGACGCUGAAUCUUUCGAGGAAGUACGCCGUAUUCGCGAGUAUAUCUUAGCGCUGAAGAAGAGCCCCGUGCCGAUGGUGGUCGUGGGGAACAAGACGGACUGCGAGGAGGACCGCUGCAUCGCCCUGGAGACCGCCGAGACCACGGUGCUCAUGGACUGGGAGAACGGCUUUAUUGAGGCCAGCGCCAAGAACAACCAUAACGUCCUGCAGAUAUUCAAGGAGCUUCUUAACCAGGCGAAGAUCAAAUACGCGCUGAGUCCCGCAGUCAAGAGGCGCCGCCAGUCUAUGCCUAACGUAGGCCUACAGGUGACGCCGGCACAACUCAACCACCUCAACCUCAUCAAACUGAAGACCAGCAGCAAGCGCAACUCUUGUGCCAUACAAUAACUUGCCACCAUUUGUCUUCCCGAGCAAUUUAAAUGAAAAAAUGUAAAUUUAAAUUU